GCUCAGGCUCUGGCGCAGGGUCAGGAGGGAGAUCUCCUCAUACUUGAUCAGCGACAGCGGGAGCUAGGGGAGACAGGGCGAGAGGCCGUCUGGGAUGUAGACGUCAAUGAGAUCCUGAGAGUCGAAUGCGUGGAUCUGGCCUUGAUAGGUAGCCACGUUGGAUGGGGGGAGGAAGGGGAGGAACAAGAGGUCAAAACUGAGGUCCCUAGGGUAGCAGAGGCUGGCUUAUAUACAGGGGAAGAUAAGGGCAGGCUGUGCGCAUUGGUCUGUGCGCAGUAUGCUGACGUGGCCCCAGGGGCCGGUAAGUCAGAGUGGCUGUGUCAGCGGAGCCCGAGCUGUGCCGUGCACUGCCGCCCCAUCUAA